ACGCUUUGAGGGGAGUUAUGUCCGCACAACACCUCUCUUGAGUAAUAUAUCCUGUUUUCCCCACCCAUAAAGUUCUGGGUAUACGCCCAGUGAUUUGAUGGGAAAAAAAAGCAACUUGGGAAGAUUGGAAUUCACAGAAGAGGCAUUUUAUAGGCAUUGUACUGGCUUAACAUAGAAGAGGCAAGAAUCAGCAGAAGAAAAGUUUUGUUGCAAAAACUAGUUACAGAUAUGGAGGGUGCCAUUAAAACCGUUGUUAUGCAGUACCUGUCUUCAGCACGUGGAAAAGAGAGCCUGGGUGCGAAGAGCUUCCAGAAGUUAGUCCAGGGUCAGCUGGGCAACAUCCUGAGUGACACUGACAGUGCUUCAGCAGUGAAGGAUAUGAUGAAAGGACUGGAUGACAACCAGGACGGGAAAGUCAGUUUCCAGGAGUACCUGACGCUGGUGGGCUACCUGGCGAACUCACUGAGUGAGCAGAAAACCACAGCCAGUGGACAUGAAGAAGCCCCAAAGCACUGAUGACAGUUGAUUACACUGACACUAAUUUGUAUUGCUGGAGUAUUACAACAGUAAUCAUGGUAAAUAAAGGAGAAUGGGGCUGGUUGUCACACUUUUUACUUCAUAAAUUGUAAAAGUCUGUAUACGCACACCAACAAAAUAUCAAACUGUUCUUUUGGCCAACAGACAUUAAUAAAAAUGUGUGAAAUUACGAUAUAUAUACUGUGAUUUAGCCCUUGACUUCCCAGUGUAACAACUAACCCCAAUCUCUCACUAAUGCAAUAUAAAAUCUGCAAUUAAACUAAAAUGAUAUGAAACACUUUUACAUUUUAAAAACAUUACAUUCAAAUUAUAAUACUGUUUACAUGUAUUCACAUUUAUGAAAUUAUGACCUGUGGCCAAGUACAAGUGCUAAAUCCCCCCAUUCCCCAAAAAGUUUUUUUUUUUUUUUUUUUUCUCCGUUUGUCUAAAUUCCAUGUAACAGGUUUUUAUUUCAAGACUCAUGUGGUUUCAUAAAGGAUUUAAAGGUAGGGUAGGCAAACCCAAACACUUGGAGCUUCAAGUCCUUGAACUCCAAAUUAUGCCUUUCUGUGGAAACACUAUCAACGCUGAAAUGAAUCUGCAGCAGUCAGGUGGUACAAGUCAGAGCUCUUAAAAUUGUUUAUGUUCAUUAUUAUCAUAAUGUAAUGUGCUUUGAGACAUGAGGUAAUUUAACACUUUGCAGACUCUGCUCUGGCUGUGCGCAUUCAUGUUGGAUUUUAUGCUUUCAAAGGUAGCUUGCUAUUGCGAACCUCUCAGAAACUGCCUACCCUACCUUUAAUUGUUUUUACGCAAUGAAAUAAGUGCUUUUUAUGCUUGAUUGGUGCUUGCUUAGAUAAUAAACAAAGCAAGGCAUAAAAAUGUAAGCCAUGCUACAAAUGGAUUUAUAGAUUUACUCUUCAGAUUUGUCCUAUUUGGAAGAACGAUGAGGUAAAAUAGAACGUUACACUACUGGAGAACUUUUUGUAUAACUUUUCAAUAAAAAUAUGGAAAUAAUGACAAAA